AUGAAGGAACCUUUUAUUGAGAAGAAGGCUGUCCUAUAUGAUCGAAAAUACCAUGAGGAGUGGACCAGAAUCAAUGCUCAAGGAUAUGACAAGCCUCAUCCUCACAACUUUCAUUUAUACAUACCAGAGAUGUUUAGUCCACCACCAUUAGGUGCUUUCUCUACAUGUCAUAUCACAUCUUGGAAUAGGGUCGGGAACGAAGAAAGACAUGAGUCCAAAGAAUUUGAAAAGCUAUGGUGGUAGGGUUUUGGAUUGGUAAAGUAAGAUGGUGAAAACAUAGAAGGACUAAAGAGUGAAUACAUACAAAGUAACGUGGUGAAAGUCUGAAAGUUGUGAAGUUUACUGUUCACAGACGUGUUGGGUUUUAAUAUAUGUAUAUAAUUAGUUCACGUUUAAUGAAUUCUAACUAUAACUCGUAAUAUAGCACAUUGAUUUAACUAUUUUGGAG